AUGAAUGCUUGCAAAUCAAUCGCAGAUAAUAUUAGUGCUCACUCAAAAGUGUUCUACCCAUUUGAUCUGGAAUACUAUGAAAGCAUUAAACAUUAUGCUGCAACAUCGACAAUAUUUUCGGUCUGUAGUGUUGAGCCAAACAACGCUGCCGAUGUCGCAAUCAUUAUCAAAAUAAUCCGGCAAGGUCAAGUUCAAUUUGCGAUCAAAGGUGGUGGACAUGCUAUGAAUCCUGGAUUCAGUUCUACGACUGGUAUUCAUAUUGCCAUGCGACGGUUUGACACGAUAACAUACCAUCCAAAUAAUCAAACGGUCGAUGUGGGACCAGGACUCGUAUGGGAUGAUGUGUACAGAGCACUCGCACCAUACAAUGUCACUGUUAUUGGUGGUCGAUUCUCAAGUGUUGGUGUCGCCGGACUCAUCCUUGGUGGUGGUUACAGUUGGAAAUCAAAUCAAUUUGGUCUCAGCAUUGAUAAUGUUUUCGAAUAUGAGUUGGUCACUCCCAAUGGUACCAUUGUCUAUGUGAAUAAUAAUUCGUAUCCAGACAUCUUCUUUGGCCUUAAGGGUGGAUAUAACAACUUCGGUAUCGUGACCAAAUUCAAUCUUCGUUCUGUACCACAAAACCAAGUUUACGGAGGUUGUCUUUAUUAUACUUGGCUUCAGAUUGAUGGUGUCUUAGAGGCUAUCACCAACUUCCAAGUGAAAAAUACAGAUCCAAGAGCACAAAUUUUGUCAAUUCUUGCUAUUAAGGACGGAAUACUUGGCAUGGAUCUCGUCGUAUUCUAUGAUGCACCGGUGGCUCCAGACGGAAUCUUCAAAGAGUUCACCGAUCUUCAUCCUAUUGGUAUUCUUCAUAGUCGUUCACUUCUCUCCAUCGUUCAAUGUACACCAGGCUUCUUAACUGACAAUCUGCGUGGACAUAUUGAAGCACAGGAUAAAAAUGCAAAAGAAGCACUUAUCAAAUUAGCACAACAAGCCAAACCAAUAGAAAUGAAAGGUAAUAAUAUUGCUUUUUUUGGUUUAACAUCAACAGGAGAAUCAACAAUGCUCGAUAGUCUUCUUGGUGAAAAAAAAGCGGCAACAGAUGUUGGUGAAACAACUCUAGAAGUUAUAUCUUAUUUUGGUAGAAAUUUUGUUCUUCGGGAUAUUCCUAGUCGAAAUGAUGAAGUAUCAUAUAUGAGUAUGCAAUAUAUAUCAUUUUUUAAAGGAUUAACACGACGCCUUAUAUUUCUUUAG